ACUCUCACGGAACUCAUAUUCAUGUUUCAUCCAAACAAGAGGAGUGUAUUGGUGUGAAUGUAUUUACGUUUUGCAGUGUAUUAUGGAGUGACGUGUCUGUCAGUAUUUACAUUUCACCAUAUUUUUAUCGAAUGAAUAUUUUUGGAAUUUAAACUGCGACAGUUUAGCACGUGCAUAUUGCAGUUUUCUUAUAGAUUGCUUUCAAAUUACAGUAAAGUGUCCUCGACCUGAUCCCAUCUGGUGUGAUGGAAGAGGAGGGGAUGAGAGAGCCAGCUGGUCUGGAUGGACUGCCACCAAUGUACAGCAUUCUGAAGGGAGAGGUAGUGUCUGUUACAACAUACGGCGCUUUCGUUAAGAUUGCAGGAUACAGAAAACAAGGUCUGGUUCAUAAGAGUGAGAUGUCAGCCUGUCGGGUGGAUAACCCAUCUGAAAUAGUUGAUGUAGGGGAGCAAGUGUGGAUAAAAGUCAUUGGCAAAGAGAUGAAAGAUGAUAAAGUCAAACUGUCCUUCUCUAUGAAAUCUGUCAAUCAAGGCACUGGCCGGGACUUAGACCCCAACAACGUCAUGGCAGAACAGGACGAACGUCGCCGGAGACAGUUCAGAGAUCACACCGGGCAGAAGAUCACAUUGGAGGCUGUGCUCAACACCACAUGCAAAAAGUGUGGCUGCAUUGGUCACUUUGCAAAGGACUGCUUCUCUCAGGCUGGACUGCAGUACAGUUUAGUUCCAGAAGAGGAGGAGGAGGCACUGCCGACCAGCAACCAGAACACCCAGUCAGAGCCUCAGAAGCGUAAAAAGGAAAAGAAGGCAAAGAAAGAAAAGAAGAAAAAGAAAGAGAGGAAGAGAGAGAGCUCUUCAUCUGAUAGCAACGAUGAAGAUGCAAAACGGCCGCGGCAUUCUCACACACACUCAGACAAGAAGAAAAAACACAAGAAACACAAACACAAGGCGAAGUGAUUUUGGUUUGCAAAACUUGUGCAUGUGUUGGCAGGUUUAUCCAGAUUAAAUGUAUCUGAUCAGUUCUGGAGUGUAUUUUUUUUGUUCAUAUUAAAGAGUUGAAUUUAAUUUAACCAUUACAA